GGGGGAGUCCAUAAUCAUCAUCAAAGAGUUGGUUCAAACAGCGUUGCAAGCACGGAACGACCUGCAGUGCAUUUUACACCCACACUAGAUCAUCCGUCCAUGCUUCAUCAAGCACAGGUGCCAUUACCACAGAAACGGCAAUUGUCUGGUUCCAUCUUCCACCAAGCAUCAAAGACUGAAGCAUCACAUUCCCCCUCCCGUCUUUAAAGAUGCUGCUUACCUCACCCGAUCCUGCAGACCUCACACUCAUCGGCUCUUUCCUCCUAGCCGCUUGUCUCACUUACUGCUGCUGGUCACCUCCAAAUCCCAACCCUUCAGGCCCUAACGCAGCCCUCCCAGAAGACCAUCUUGGAAUCAACCAUGGAGGCAUCCAAGUCAAGCGUUUCGUCACUCUCUCGCUCUGGACACUGCACAUCCUCGUCACCGUCGCCUAUGCCGACGCUCCCGCAAUCCUCUGCCCCAACUCAGACAAUCUGUCAAGAGCCCUGUUUACAUGGUCACCUUAUACAAUUGUUGUGCUGAUGAGUAUUGUCAUCGCGGCACCAGUUAGAUUACUUGCGUUCAGACAGUUGGGAGAGAACUUCACAUUCAGACUCGCCAAGCCGAAAGUGUUGGUGAAGACUGGGUUGUAUGCUUAUGUACAACAUCCAAGCUAUCCCACAAAUUGGCUUAUUCUCACAUCCAAUGUUGCGUUGCUCCUGAGGCUAGACGGUAUUUUGGGUUGUCUGUUGCCAAGCUGCGUGGUCAGAUGGGGAAUGUGGAGUGGUGGACUCAGGGUGUGGCCAACGCUAUUGGUCAUAAUGGGGGUAUUUGGACUUUUUGGAGUCGGGAUUAGGGUUAAAGAUGAGGAGGCGAUGUUGAAGAGGGAGUUUGGAAGAGAGUGGGAGAAGUACCAUCGCAAGACGAAGAGAUUUAUUCCGGGAAUAUUUUGAUCGGAGAGUCAACGGAAAUAGAAAGCCCUCGAGACAACAAUCCAGCGUAUAAGUUAUUAUUACAGAAUGCCGCACUGUGUAGAUUAUCUUGAUAAAAGACCUGAGGCGAUAAUUGGUGCACAAGGUCUUAAGGAGACCAUACACCGUCGAAAUGAAACGCCGCCUCAAAAUCGGCAUUACGCCCACCAAUCUGAAAUUUGGGAUGCACGAUCACCACCUCAAUGCCCAUCUCCUUCCCAUCAGCAACCAACUCCUCCU